UUAAAGCGUCAUGUGUGAUCAUAACAGAAUUUAGAAUGGCUGGCAUUUAUUUAAUGUACAUCUCACUGUAUGCGGAGCCACUCUAGUUAUUCAACUAUAUAAACUUGAUACAGCUAGCAAGCCAGUCUGCGUUCCGGAUAUUUUUGAGCAUCCAUAACGUUUCUCCUCUUCUCAUCAGUACUGCAAGCUGCUAAGCCUUGAGGCUGCGCAUUCUCAUAUAACUCUCAUACCCCCUGUAACCAUACACAUAUAGCUAGAUGGACUGUGGCACCACUGAUGAUGCACCAAACAUGUCAUUCGCAUGGGCGUCGCAUGUUGAGAUGGACUUGACGAUGCAACCCCACCAAUUUUCAGGAGCUUACACUGACGACUAUGAAGCGACAGGCUUGCCUGUGCUCUGCGGAACAACACCUAAGAUCGAGAAACCUAACUGGUGGUCGCUCCCAAGUGCAAUUACCUCAACAUCUCAGGGUAACCCUACGCCAGCAGAACCACAAGAACAGGCGUCGUCGGAGAAAGGGAAGAACUCGAUGAGGGAGAUGAUAUUUAGGAUAGCAGCAAUGCAGCCAGUACACAUAGACCCUGAGUCAGUGAAGCCUCCAAAGAGGAGGAACGUCAAGAUAUCGAAGGACCCUCAGAGCGUGGCGGCUCGCCAUCGCAGAGAAAGAAUCAGCGAGAGAAUAAGGAUAUUGCAGAGACUGGUGCCAGGUGGCACUAAAAUGGACAUCGCCUCCAUGUUAGAUGAGGCCAUUCGCUACCUCAAGUUCCUACAGUUCCAGGUUUACUCCCUCCAACGAGCCGCCUCAAUUUAUUCCCCAUCACCACUCCCUCUCUUCAUGUCCUCUGCUAAUCCCGCCACUAAUUAUCUUUCUCUGCAUAAACGUCCCCAUAAUCCUCAUCAUUACUGCUGAGAUGCCUAGCUAACUUCAAAUGUUAUAACAUAUGUUUCCACUUUUCUCUUCAUGUAUGCUUGACUGUUUUUUUAAAAUCUUUUUACACAGUAAGCUUGUACUCCCCUCUCUGGAAUAUUCAGUUUUGUUAUUCAUGGCUAGCCGCAAUAGCUUCUCCUGGUUUCGUUGCCUUCACUACUCCAAUAGAUCUUAAACCCGUUGGCACGAAAGAGUGUAUUUUGAAAAAGCGAAAGUCGAUUUGCGUUAUUUCUUUAUAAGAAAUGAAAAGGAAUUAUAAUGUGGGCGCACGCAUGUCUUCGUAUAGAAAUGGAGAGCGAUCGCUUGAAAACGACAAAAAAAGGUGAGGCAGACAAGAAUAACAAAAAGAUGCUAUAUAUUAAUUCAAAAUUUUUAAAUUCAAAUUUAUAAAUAUUUUUAUUAUAUAUUAAUUAUUAAAUUUAAUUUUGUUAAA